AUGCCUGCUGCCCCGCCGAUGGAUGACUUUCCGGAAGAGUCUCUUUCUGCGCGCAGUCAAUCGGCCAGAUCAAUAGCGCAAAAGACUGCCCGUGCCCAAGCGACCGAGCGUCAGAAAGCCCAAUUAUCCCUUGAACAGGAAAAGCCAGUCAUCCAGACGCGCUAUGAAUACCCCGAGCUCGCUCCUGACGGGUUUCCACAAGAUGGAUUCACCAGGUUUGACUGGCGCGAUUGUGCCAUGAGCCAGCAGAACCGCAGUGAGCGUCAAAACGGACGUUGGCUUUAUCCUUCGCGGCCUUUUCGCGUUCAGCAAAAGCUGCCAAAGCUGGCUGAAGACCACCCGCUCUAUCCAGCUAUGGAACGGUAUGAGGACAACUUUGUACCGCUUCUCACAGCAGAGAUGGAAGAGGAGAUGAGAAUAUUUGAGGCGCGGUUGAAAGAGUGGACUAUCCAGCGACUGGUCGGAUCGGGCUAUGCGCUCGAAGAUACGCUGGCCACUUUUGCGUGGAGUACAAAGCAAGGCGGUGCGGUCUAUAAAUUCGCAAAGAAGCGAGGGGCCAUCAUGGCUCCUCGAUUCAAUACCGGGACGUACGUCUUGUUCUCACGGACAGACCCCAAUGUGGAUCCUCUGGUCAAUGACCAAGAUCAACCUAUCAUCGCUACGGUACGAUCUGUUGGUAAUGGAAACCUCUUUAUCGCGUUCGACAAGCCCAUACCUGAACUUACCAAGGGGCAAUGGCGAUUGGACAUUGGUUAUUCUGAUUUCGUGUUCCAGAGGCAAUUCGAUGCCGUCAAAGCCUUGUCUUAUGAUCCCCUGGAACAAGACAUGGCAGGAUUCUUGGACGAGCGCGAUGCCGCACCCAAAGAAGAGUCGCGCAAGAGGCGAGAGCAGGGUUUCCUGCAGGGCACUGCUUUGCGUGAACCGCUGUUCAGAUCUUUCCUGCAGGCUUCACAAGGGCCCGAGUUGGCAUCUGAUGGUAUCGUACAAGACCUAUCCGAACUUGCUCCUACCGAUCUACCCACAAACCCCAACCCACAGCUCACCGACCUCGCCGCUGGAAUCGUCAAACCAAGUCAGCUUAUGCGAAAUGACUUGCUGAAGAGCUGGGCGGAGAGGUACCGGUCAGAGAAGGAGGUGCCGCAGGAGGUUGAAGGGGAUCCACAUGUCCCCCUCAAUCGAACGCAGUUGAGGGCGAUAGGGAUGAUGUUGAGUCAGAGCUUGAGUCUUGUUCAAGGACCCCCUGGAACCGGCAAGACGCGAGUGAUUGUAGAGACCAUCAAGCUACUCAAGCAACACUUUCAAGUACCCCACCCCAUCCUCGUCUGCGCCCACACCAACGUCGCUGUCGACAAUCUCCUCACUGGUCUCGACAAAGCUGGUCUGCGAGUAGUCCGCGUCGGGACGGAGGAUAGAGUACCAGGGGAUAUGAAGCAUACCACGCUGGAGGCGAGGUUGGAGGAACACCCGAUGUGGGAUACUUUGAAUCGGCUGGAGGAUCAGAAGAUGUCAGUGUGGGUGGAGAGAAAGUCGGCAGCAGAUGCUCAGAGGUUGAUGGGAGAGCCUGCCAAAGAGAGUACACACUCUCAGAGCUCUGAACCAGAAAAUAUGGGGAUACAGAAGAGACAUGACCACCGAAACGCUCUUGGAUGCGGAUGUGGUGAGCGCUCCAAGGCUCACACCAUGGACAGUCACGCUGACAUGAAACAGAUCUGCACCACCUGUAUCUCGGCCGCCACCAGAAAGCUUCAGUGUAUCGACUUUCCUAUCGUCUUUUUGGACGAGGCUAGUAUGGCCACAGAGCCGCUUUCUUUGAUCCCACUGAUGAAAGGGUCAAGUCAUGUGUCUAUCAUUGGUGACCACAAGCAAUUACCACCAGUCAUCAUCUCGGAAGACGCUCACUCUGGUGGCCUGUCCACCAGUCUUUUCGAGCGACUGAUCCACGAAGGCCAUGUACCAUCAAUCAUGCUCGAUACCCAGUAUCGGAUGCACCCAGCCCUCUCCGCAUUCCCCUCCAAAACGUUCUACUCUUCUCUUCUCCAAGACGGCACCCCGGCAUCUGCCCGCCCUGCUCCCAAGACUGCCUUCCUACUCGCUGACGACCCUGUGGCCGAUCCAUUCACAGGUGAGAUGAGGGAGGUGGCUGAGCGGAAGAGCAUGACUUUCUUGAGUCAUGAGCACCAGGAGAGCGCUGUCAUGAAGAGCUUGGCAAAUUAUGGGGACGCGGAAUUGGUGGUGGAUAUCGUUGCAGACUUAUUGCACAAGAAUCCGGAAAUGAAAGUGUCGGAUAUCGGUAUCAUCACCCCAUACCUUGGACAGAUCAAAGUCUUGCAGUCAUCCCUUUACGCUUUGGAGACGCGAGAAAAGUUGAUCAAGCUUCUUGGUGAAGCUCGUACCGACGAGCUGGGAGACAUCGAAAUCAAAACUGUUGAUGGCUUCGAAGGGCGGGAGAAGGAGGUUAUCAUAUUCAGUACAGUGAGGUGCAACUCUGGGGGGUAUAUCGGGUUCUUGGGAGACUGGAGGCGGGUGAAUGUGGGGCUGACCAGGGCCAAAAGAGCAUUGAUCAUGGUGGGUAACAAACGGACAUUGUCAACUGCCAAGAUGGGCGCCCGAAGCAACGACAGUCUGCCGCAAGGUGGUUCUAAAGUGUGGAAGGACUUUAUGGCGUAUUUGGAGGAAGAGAGGAUGAUUCUCGAUGUAGAGGAAUAG